ACCCCGACGAUACCUUCCCCUCCCCUUCCUUCCUCCCUCCCCCCUCCACCACCGCCGCGACGGCGACCCCCCAGCCGCACGCCGAAGCGACCCCCUCCGCCCGGACCGCGUCUCUCCAGCCCUAGGGUUUCCGCCUCCUCUCCGCCCAUAGCCAUCUCCACGCGGCACGCCGCAGCCCCGCGGAUUCCUCCCCCCUUUUCGAGCUCAAAAUUGCGGCUUUUCCGCUCGAUUCUCGGGCACGAAUCGGCCAUUGAUUUCCUCCGGUUAUCCAAGGUUUUCCCCUGAUUUUUCGGGGCGCGAGCGGGGGCUUCCCGAGGCGAUUGGUGCUCUGGAGCGGUCUCUUGUCCGCCGCGGGUUCGGGUUGCGGCUGAAGGCCUCGCCGAUUUUUCCAUGAGCGUGGGCCGCGCGAGCUGCCGGGGCCCCGGUCGUCGGGGCGCGCGCGCGGGGUGCUCGUGUUAAUGCAUCGGCUGACCUGCGGCUGCAAGUUCGCCGACCCCGACACGGUCGUCCCCUCCGCGGCGGCGGCGUCGCAUCGCGUGCGGCCGGACACCAUGAGCUGCGGCAGCGACGGGUGCAGGGACGGCGGCAGCGGCGGCGGCAGCGAGGGGUUCGGGCGGUCGCGGCCGAGCAAGGUCGCGGCCGACGACUCGGUGGAGCCCGCGCGGUGCUCCGACGCCACGUCGCCGCCGGGGUCCUGGAUUGACAGGAAGCUGCUGGUCGAUCCCAAGAUGCUGUUCGUCGGAUCCAAGAUUGGGGAGGGCGCCCACGGCAAGGUCUACAAGGGCAAGUAUGGUGAUCAGAUUGUAGCCAUAAAAGUUCUCAACAGUGGCAGUACCCCCGAAGAAAAAGUAACACUUGAAGAUCGUUUCAUCCGAGAAGUAAAUAUGAUGUGUAAAGUGAAACAUGAUAAUCUUGUCAAGUUCAUUGGAGCCUGCAAGGAACCAUUGAUGGUGAUUGUGAGUGAGCUGCUACCAGGGAUGUCGCUGAAAAAUUACUUGAACAGCAUCCGGCCCAGCCAACUAGAUAUGCAUACUGCAUUAGGCUAUGCACUCAACAUAGCUCGUGCAAUGGAAUGUUUACAUGCCAAUGGAAUAAUACACAGAGACCUGAAACCUGAUAAUCUGUUGCUUACUGCAAACCGUAAGAAGCUGAAGCUUACUGAUUUUGGACUUGCACGAGAGGAAACUGUGACUGAAAUGAUGACAGCUGAAACUGGGACAUACCGAUGGAUGGCCCCAGAGUUAUACAGCACUGUCACACUUCAACGUGGUGAAAAAAAGCACUACACAAAUAAAGUGGAUGUGUACAGCUUUGGCAUCGUCCUCUGGGAGUUGCUGACCAAUAAAAUGCCAUUCGAAGGCAUGUCGAAUCUACAAGCUGCAUAUGCUGCUGCUUUUAAACAAGUACGCCCAGCUUUCACUGAGGACACCCCCCAGGAGCUCGUGUCCAUUGUGCAGUCAUGCUGGGUCGAGGACCCCGCGAUGCGGCCCAGCUUCAGCCAGAUCAUCCGCAUGCUGGACGCUUUCCUCACGAUGAUCCCUCCACCACCCCCUUCGGAGCAAGACGAGGACACGACGGAGUCGGAAGACACAACGUCAUCGCUGAGCAGCAAGAGCUCCUCGGUCUCCUCCAUCGUUUCCCGCGCGACAAGCAAGCUCUCGGUCGUCCGCCAUCUGUUUGCCUCGAAGAAGGGCGGCAGCAAUGGGAAGGCAUGAUCCGCGCCCGCCGAUCAUGCCCCUGAGACGUUUUUCCUUGGUGCUGUAAAGGUGUUAGCCUAGGUUAAUGAUGAUACAGUGGUGGGGAUGAUGAUACAAGAAGAGGGAUCUUGUUUAGCCUAGGGUUUAGUUUGCUUGUUUUGUGUUUUGAUGAUACGGACGAAAAAGGAUGAAAUGCAACUUGUGCAAGCUAUGUGAUGUAUAGCUGGCGGCUGCUCUACCAUAAACUUUUGUAUGCUGCCAUUGAGCUCAAUCCAAUCCCCUCUUGUUUUCA